AGGAUGAUUAAGAUAGAAGAAUUAAGAGAAAGACUUUUCGGCCCUCUCUUGGUUUUUGCUCUUCCUUCAAAUAAUUACAAAGCUUAUUCAAAUUUCCAAAAAUAUAACUUGGCUCUGGUUCCUAAAAUGCUUGCCAAUUGCUCACCCCAGCUCCAAUUUUGGAUAUAACUAGAUGGAUGUAUAUUGACUCAGGGUCACAGCUCUAAAAUUUACAAACAGAUUUUCCUCUUCCAUUCACUUUAUUUUAACAAUUACCAAGUAAUCCUGUAAUUUGGGUUGUUUUGACUCAUCAAAACAAUCAACUGUCUGGUUGAUCAUUGAUCUUUAAUCAUUUCACUUCAUGUUCAAUUUUUGACUUAGCUCAGAUGUUGCUUCAAGUUUUGUCAUUUAAAUUGAUAUCAAGGAUAUUCAAUUUGUUCAAUAUCAUAACAUGGUCUUUCCUGAUAUUUAGUCAACUUUAGUCAGCAAUUCAAUGUACAAAACAAAUUCAACCAGAAUUGUCAGGUAGAUUGAACAUCAAGUCAAUAACUUGAAUAACUCAUUACAUCAAGAUUUGACUAACACAAAUUGAGCUAAGAAAUCUCAUCUAGAAAUUCGGGCAAUCGAUGCCACUGUAAGUCAGCUCAUGAUCAACAUUUAUUUACAUGUUCGAGUGUACAAUCCAUGACCGAAAAUUGUUUUCAGCUCAAAAAUUUAGUCAGACAAGCUCAUAACGAGUCUGAAGCUACUUUUACCAGAAUGACUAUGCUAACAACGGAAAUGACAAUUGAACUUAUUAAUUGAAUAUAUUACAAUUGGAGAUGAUAAGGAGGCUCAUUCGAGUUGAAAGAAAACUACAAAAUUUUAAUGUUUAGCAUUGUAAAUCUAAAAGUAAUAUCUUUCAGAUGAAAGAGAGAUUACAACUCGAAAGGAAAAAAUAAUGUUCCGUGCAAUUUUCUGUCUGUGCAGUUGAUUGACUUGUGAAUGGUCCAUCAGAUUCUAUUAUUAUAUUGUUCGCUUCAUUUUCUUUGAUUUAUCAUUUUGUUUUAUGAAUUUUUCAUUAAGUAAAAUCCUGUAAUCUAAAUUAAGUACUUGGACCUAAUAGCUAAAAAUGUUCUGACAAUGUUGUGAGUCUAUGGAUCUAAAAAUUAAUGUAUGAAUUGGAAAUGAGAUACGACGCUCUCAAGAUUGUGUUGACAAAUGUGAGGCUUUAUUUUAGAUUAAAAGAUAACUGGACAAUUUAUUUAGAUAAAACAGAAACAAUCAUAUACAAAUUAUCAAUAACUUGAAAAUCUUUGCAAAUCCAUACUUGAAACUCCUUUCUCAUCUCUUUAAAAUCUUCGCAAAUAUUUUGUUAUGAUCAAGCUUAAAUAGACCAGUCUUGUGAUAUCUUAUCAGUUAUAACAUAUCGCUUUUUGUGUUUACCAUACUUUUUGGCUAUUGGUUGAAAUAGCUUUUUUCACACAGACAAAUAGCGGGUUUCGUGUUAUCUGUUGAUAGAUAGACACUUUACAGAGUGAAGAGGAAAAAAUUCAAUUAUUCUUAUUGUUUCUUUUUGCUUAGUGAAGUGACUAAAAGUUCAUUUGCCUGCUGUGUUCAUCUUUUUUACAUAUUACAUCAGAUUGAACAAAGCCAGUCAAGAGGAUACCUUUAACCAGGAUAAACCUUUAUUUACAAGUUUGUUAAUAAGCUUUUGUCAUCUUAUCCCAAUUAAAAGUUUUUCGAGGUUUUUUCCAAAAAAUGGCUCAUACAGUUUGUACCUACGAUGAAGAUUUUCAUUGUGACCAAGUUUUUGCCUGUUAUUUAAUUAAAAAGCUGCUCCAUGUCACACCAAAUAUAAUAAGGACAAAAGAUUCUGCUAUUAUUGGUAAAAGUGAUUUUGUGAUUGGUGUUGGAUCAGUUUAUGAUCAUAAUAAGCAACGUUAUGACCACCAUCAUCUUGAUUUAACUUUAAAAUCACUGGACCCAAGUAAAUCGUUCAAAAUUAAAUUAAGCUGUGCUGGACUUGUUUAUCAUCAUUAUGGAAGGGAUGUCAUUGCAAAGAUUCUUGGUCUAACCGAACCGUGUUUCAAGGAUGAAGUUGAAGCCCUUUUUGAUGUGAUUUAUGAAAAUUUUGUCCAAGAAAUUGACGCUAUGGCCAAUCGUACUGCCAUUUGUGAAGGUGAACCUAACUUUAAAAUUGGUACCGAUUUGACGUCUCGUAUCAACCGCUUAAGAUCAAACACUUCAUUAGAUGAUACGGAAAAUGAUCUCGCUGAAAGGUUCAUACAAGCCAUCAUUCUUGUUGGUAGCGAAUUUGAAGAUAUAACGAAGUACUAUGGCAAUAUUUGGUUACCAGCAAAGACUUUUGUCGAAGAAGCUUUACUAAACUGUAAAAAGGUACAUUCUUCGGGAGCCAUAAUUGAUUUAAGCCAAUCUGGAGAAAUGCCAUGGAUCGAGCAUUUGAUUAACAUUGAAAGAGAGUUAAAUAUUGAAGGGCAGAUUAAGUUUGCCAUUUUGUAUGAUGUCUCUGGGAUUUGGAGAUUAUCCUGUGUGCCUGUUAGCUAUUCGUUAAGUGAGCUUCGUAUUCCUUUCCAUUCUCAUUGGUACGGUUUAAGUCAGCACAAGCUUUGUGAUAUUACUGGUGUUCCAGGAUGCAUCUGUAUUCAUCCACUUAUUGGUGAUUUUGAAACGAAAGAAGCUUGCAUUGCCAUUGCCGAAAAGAUGCUCCAAUUAAACGCUGAGAAACAUCUAAAUCUGAACAAAUCCAAUUCGCUUUCUGAUGGAUCAUUUUACUCAUUGACCGAAAACCUAUCAAUUGAAGAAAAGUUGAAUGAAGCUUACGAACAGGAAGAAACCGAUGAAGACCCAAGAAAAGUAAGUGCAUCGAGUAUUAAUCAUGUUGUUAAUGAUAAUUGGGUUGAUAAAAUUGGUGUUGAUCGCGAUGCUGAAAAUGAUAAUUUUGUUGAUGAUCAAGAUCAAGACUUCUAUCCUGUUGAAUUAGAAGGCAGCAUCGUCAAUAAAGAUGUAACUAUUCAAAGUAAUUUAAACAAAGUGAAGUCUGGUGAAUGUGAAGAGUUGACAAAUAUUAUCGAUUCCAAUAAUUAUACCAAUGAAAAUUAUAUAAAUGCUGAUGAAAAUGAAUACAGUGAUCAUGAUGAUAAAGUUGUUCAAGAAUAUUUGGAGACGAAUGAAGAAGGAGAAGGGGAAGUGGAAGAAGAGGAAGAAGAGGCUGAAGGAGAAGAAGGAGAAGAAGAGGAAUUGUACGAAGAAGAGUGCGAUGAAUUUGAUCAACCAGAAUAUUGUCCGAUUUCUCAUCUUAUUACUAUUCUUGAAAAUGGCUGUCAUCUUUAUUCAAUUCCACCUCCUUCACUCCCACUGGCUGAAUAUCAUUUCUGCGUGGUUUCAGCUCUAGUCGAUCCAAGUGAAUUUUACAUUCAUCUAUCUAAUGAUGACUCUAAUCAAUUGGAUGAUAUUCAAGAACAAUUGUCCAAUCAUUUUGCUAUCAUUCAAUCUGAUGAUUUUGAUUUGCCUGAUGAUCCAAAUUUGCUCAUUGAUUCAUGUUGGGCUGCCAUUUAUCCAACUGAUAAUGAAUGGUGUCGAGUUAGGGUUAUUGAUUUGAUACAUUCAGAAGAAGAUUUAGAAGAAGAUUCAGAAGCUCCAGAAGAUAUUAGAUCUCGAAAAAUUUUAGUUAAAUAUAUCGAUUAUGGUACAGAAGAAGUCAUAGUUAUUGGCGAUUUAAAGCCUCUUCCUAUCGACUUAAUCAACAUUCCAGCCUAUGCUGUCCGUUGCCGGUUGUCGCAUAUUUACCCUCCAUCUGAAGGAUGGUCUAUUGAAUGUUUAAGAUACUUUGAAGAUUUGACCGGAAUAAAGAUUGAACAAAUGGUCACAGUCUAUGUUACAGAACGGCCCAGUAAAAAUAAUUAUGAAGAACCUCUUUCAGUUUUUUUAUGGUUUAGUGAUUCAGCUUUAGGUCAGGGUAAAGAUAUUUUAGUUAACGCUGCCUUAGUAAAAGCUUCUUAUGCCCUUACCGACUCAAUGGAUUGGGUAUUAGAAGCUGAUGCUCAAUCGAUCGAAGAAACUCCAGAAAUACAUUCGAAUAAAUUUCCUGUUGCAACUUGCUCACAAGUCAAAUCAAAUUCAAUUGACUUUACCUCAGUUAAACGUUCAUCAUCAAUGAGUGCAAUCGAGGAAGAGAUUCCUGAUGAUUGGGAUCCAAUGAAAGAAGACCAUAGGGCUUUGACAAAUACUUAUGCAUUUGACCCUUCGGAUACUGGAACAGCAAUUUUAGGAUACAAGAGUGGAGAUUUGGAUAAAGUUUGUCAACAUUUUUUGAGCGGUUAUUGCAAAUAUGGUGAAAGCUGUGUUUAUAAACACUUGAAAAAUGAUCAAAUGGAUUCCUUGGACACUGAAGAAGUGCUUAUCGACACUUUUCAAUCAGAGCUCGUCAAAGUAGGCAUGAGCUUGAAAGCGAUUGUAACUGAAUGUUUAAGCCCAUAUUCCCUUUAUGUUAAACCUACUGAGGACAUAUUUCUUGAACAGAAUUUUGAGUCGAGAGUAGGUGCUCAUUAUGACUUCAUCGAUCCAACAUUGGAAAAUUACCUCAACUUAACCAAAGAAAUGACUGACUUCUACCGAAGAGCAGAAAACAAGGAAAAUUUCUUAAUUUAUCCAGCGAUUGGAAGUCUUGUUGCUGCUAGAAGUGAUUCUGUCUUCUUCCGUGGAAGAGUGAUAGACAUGAGCUACGAUGAGGAUGAACUCCAUAUCAUGAAUAUCGACACAGGAGUUGAGUUGAUGGUUGAUAGAAGAGAAGUCCUUUCAUUGAAACCAAAAUUCGCAACAUUACCUCCAGCCGCUGUUCACUGUGCUGUCGAUGUUCCCCAAGGAAUAUCUAUUACUGACCAAGUCAUGAAUGAUUUCAGUGAUUUGGUUCUCCAUAAAAGGUUUAGGGUUCAAUUUGUUGACAAGGACAUGGAAGGUCGCUACAAAAUAAACCUAUUUAAUCUGGACGGAGAACCAUUUGUCAUCGAUUGGGAUCUUUUAUAAGUACAUUUACAAAAAGUGGCUAGAAAAGGCAAUCAAUUUAAAGAAAUGAUUGACUUAUGGACUUAAGUCAAGUUUGUUGAUAAUUAUAUUGCUUGAUUUAAGCUCAAAUCAAUCAAAUAAACUCAGUUUCUUUUUCACAAUCAA